AUGGAAAAAACUGAGAACGAAAAACUGGAGAUGGAAAUGGAAAAAAAUGAAAAAAAGCGGGAAUUAAUGCAGCAGCAGGAAAAAAUUGCAAAAUCAGAAAUGGAAAAAUUAGUUGAAGAGGUACAUGUAUACCCACGGUCUUUUACUGUAGACUUAGUUGGUAGUAGGUUAAGCGAGGGAGGGGGGACAACGGAUUAAGACAACGCAUAGAUCAGUGUAAUCAGUGAACCUUGCAUGCUCGACAUGUUCUUAAUUGAAGCUGAAAUAAACAUGAAUUAAGAAUAAGUUUGUUUGUCGUAUAUGUAAUAGAAGCACAUGGUGCCUUGCUUUUUGUGGUAAAACUAAACAAAUGACCAAUUGCACUCGACAUGCAGACCUUCAAGGAGAACAGCAUAAUCUAUUAUAUUUGACUCAAUUAUGAUGACUGGCAAAAGCUUUAAUUUGAAAAAAUAUUUUCAGUAUGGAAGAUGACAGAAAUAAAAAGAAAAGAAGAGAGGCUUAAAAAAAUGGAAAGGUGAGGGUAAUUGUUGUCGUUCUGGUCUGAUAUUCAGAUGUCGUGUGAGCGAAAGUUUAGAUAAAUAUUGUUUAACAUCUAUAUAUGAUUUAUAUAUAACUUGGAAAGAGAUAUUGCAAUCUUAACAACGAGUGAAUUAAGAGUAUGUAUGUUAAAAGGUUGAGUGACUCCCCUGAGUCCAAAAACAAGUGUAAACAGAGUGGUGUGUUUUAUCCUAAAGUUCUGAAAUAUUGCUUUCACAUUGUUAUAGUCGUUUAGGAGAAAUUAUACUCGGCUCCAAAAAUGGCGGCGCGUGAAAAACUAAUUCAUUUCUAUUAUUAAAGAUGGAAGAUUGAAAAAAAUCGAAACGAAAAACUGGAGAUGGAAAUAGAAGAAAAUGAAAAAGACCGGAAAAUAUUGCAGCGGCAGAAUGAAAUAACAAAAUCAGAAAUGGAAAAAUUACGAGCCGCGGAAGAGGUUCUGAAAUAUUGCUUUCACAUUCUAUUAUUAAAGAUGGACAACGGAAAAACAAGUUAAUGAAAAUUACAAGAAAAUUUCUUAUUUCAUACUGCAUGUAUGUACAUAUUUUAUACUGUAUGUACAUAUUUUAUACUGUAUGUCCUUACUUAUUUUAUACUUUAUGUCCUUACUUAUUUUAUACUGUAUGUACUUUGUACUGAUUUUAUACUGUAUGUACUUUGUACUGAUUUUAUACUGUAUGUACUUACUUAUUUUAUACUUUAUGUACUUACUUAUUUUAUACCGUAUGUACUUACUUAUUUUAUACCGUAUGUACUUACUUAUUUUACACCGUAUGUACUUUGUACUGAUUUUACACCGUAUGUACUUUGUACUGAUUGUAUACCGUAUGUACUUUGUACUGAUUUUAUACUAUAUGUACUUAAUUAUUUUAUACCGUAUGUACAGGCUUACUUAUUUUAUACUGUAUGUACUUACUCAGGGCAAAGCGACUACAAUGGAAAAUGGCCUUUAUACUUUCCUUUCAGUAAACAUUAAAUUAGAUUUUUACUGUACAUUAACCACCCACACUGAUCAAUUUUAGAUGGUAUAUCAUAUAAAAAAUUUGAAACAAAAAGUCAACUUGUUGUCCAGAGAAGUUUCAAUAAGGUAACGAGGGACAAAAUUUACAUUUUUAUGGUAGUGUAAUAUUUUUACGAGUGUGUAUCCACAUCAGGCAUUGAUAAAUUUGCUAAACGGCCCUAAUCACGAUGGGAGUCGAACUAGUCUAAUGCUCUGCUAACAGAACUACAAGAUGGCAAAACAUACAACAACUUUGAUGGAUAUAUGAAAAGCCUCUUGAAAUAACAACAAGAGAUAGAUUGAACCAGGAGGAAAUGUCCACCAGCAGCUGCAGCAACAGCAGUAACAACAAUAGCAGCAGCGAGGACGAGCAUUCACCAGAAUCUGACGCAACCCGCCAUUUCGAGGUUGAAUCUGACCGAUUCUGACGAAGAAACACCAAUGGAAAAGGACCUUUACCCACUUGAGUGGCUGGAUGAGCCACGUCCGGUCGGAAAAAUGCAGAUAAUUCAAAUGCGAAAUCUGUGGGAAAAUUUGCAAGAGCGAAGGGGGUUUACGGACCCACAAACAUGGAAGUAAAAAAUGUAAGGAGAUGGCGGCGAACAUAGAAAGACAAAAUAAAUCUACGCAGGAAAAAACAGGAAAAAAUUGAAAAAAGAACAUUUACAAGGCUUAAAAAAAAGGGAAAAAAGUAGCUACUAAAUUAUAUUAAGAAUUGAUUUAAUUAUCUACUACUAAUUAAUUAGCUACUUAAUUCUGACUAAACCCGAAAAUAUCCCAUCAAUUCUCGUCGACACAGCUUCAAUUCAUUUCACCCACAUAUUCAAUUCACGUGCGAAGAAUUCGUAGAUAGCAACGAUGUUCAUUUCUUAGAUAUUAAAAUCGACCCGCCGGGGACAACUAUAUAUAUCGGAAAUCAACCCAUACCGGACAGUACUCACACUAUUCCAGCUUCACACCUUGGUCUCGGAAAAUAGCAUGGAUUCGUGCCCUUGUUCAACGCGCCCAAAAGAUCUGCAGCGCCCCUGAUCUGCUGGACCGCGAAAUCCAAAAGAUCAAGCAAUUCGCUUCCUGGAAUUGCUUUCCACGCUGGUCAGUCACAAAGUUAAUCAAAACCUUCACUGAUAAUAAACCCAACGAACCCAUAACCCAUGAAAGAAGUAAAAGCAUAUCAACAAUUUGGAUUAAAUUGCCUUUUAUUGGUAAGAAAUGUUGUAGUCUUGUACGAAAUUGCACACGUAAGAUCUCACGACUCAUAGAGAGACCCGUAAAGUUCGUCACCUUCUGGCAAACUGUUAACGCUAGCACUUUUAUAUCUAAAAAAGAUCCUAUUCCAAAACCUUACAAUACAUAAUACUAUUUUCUCGUUCUUUCAGAUAUAGGGAGGAAUUUGAAAAACUUGUAGAGAACAUAAAGGAAAAAGACGAAGAAAUAGAAAUUUUAAAAGAAACAAACAAAUGGUUGAGUGAAAAGGUUAGUUUCAAAUAUGGACAAUUCAUUCAUAAUAAAACGAUAAACUUGACAAAGUCAGUUACGUGUCAACGAUAAACACAAUAAUGACAAAUCAAUAAAGGCUGGGCGUGAGGGGUUGGAACACUCACGAUCGUCAGGUAGUCGGCAAAUUAUCUAUUCCUAGUUGGAUAAGAACGAAAGAAACUAACAUGUUUAUAUUCAGAAUGUUCGUUACUUAAGACAAAAAUCAGAUGCUAAGAGAACAGGCUUUGGUAUGCAAAAGUAAAAACAAAAACUUAACCAUACAAAUUGUUAAGUUUAAAAAAAAAAGGAAUUAGCUGAAAAAAGGUAAAGGAAAGGUUGUAUGGAGAUGUCGUUUAGACGAAACUUUGCAUAAUCAUCCACCUUUUCUUGAGUUGGGCUCCUUCGUUCAUCUUCCUUUUUCGUUGGGUGAAACUUAAUGUAUAUAUUAUUUUUUUAUUGUAUAUAUUUUGUUAUAAAGCUCCUGACAUUUUCACUGCACAUAAAUUCAGUGGCGUAACGCAACCGCUGGGCCCCCUCCGUCAAUCGGCCACUUUGGGCCCCUUUGCUCCACUAAAAAUAGGCUCCAAAAAUUUUUCUCGGAACAAUUUAUUUUUAGCGACCUCCCCCCAGGAUGACAACACCAUUAUCACGAGCAUACUCUAUGGUGGAGAAAAUCUUCGUGUGCGUUUCAUAGCUAACCAAUUAAGCCUCUAUAGAGGAUUACAGCUUCAGGAUACGAUAUUGUACUGGUUUAAUAAAUUAUUGUGAUAUACAUGUAGCAGUGAAACUUAUAUAUAUAUAUAUAUUUGUUUAAUUUAUAUUUCUUUUGCCUUUAGAAACAUUAAAUGCCAGAUAUGUGGGCAGUAAGUGGUUAUAAAGCUCCUGAAAGUUUCACUGCACAUAGAUUAACUAUUUUCCCAAUUCCUAUUAUUAAACUAUUUUUCAUUAAAAGCAUCUGUGUUUGCUUGAAACUAUGAAUAAUGAUUUCUCAAUCCGGUUUUGAAACAACUCCAUUGCUCGACUCAUGUAUGGUUUCUCUUUGUUUUAGGACCUGCUUGGAUCAGGUGGGCCUGAGAAGCCACCAAAGCAAAAACACUAA